AUUAAGACAAAGCUAUACAUUAACUAACCCUAGUUUCUCCUUAACAGACGCGGCACUUGCAGAAACCGAAUCACAUAUCCCCAGAGCUCUUCUCUCCGCCGUCAGCCAUGGUGAAUGUUCCAAAAACUAAGAAGACUUACUGCAAGUCAAAGGAAUGCAAAAAGCACACCUUGCACAAGGUCACUCAGUACAAGAAGGGUAAGGAUAGCUUGGCAGCUCAGGGGAAGCGUCGUUACGACCGCAAGCAGUCAGGUUAUGGUGGUCAGACCAAGCCAGUCUUCCACAAGAAGGCUAAAACGACGAAGAAGAUUGUGCUGAGGUUGCAGUGCCAGGGUUGCAAACAUGUUUCCCAGCACCCAAUCAAGAGGUGCAAACACUUUGAAAUCGGUGGAGAUAAGAAGGGCAAAGGAACAUCGCUUUUCUAAGCUUGUCGAUUUGGAAGGAUUCUUGUGUUUACUGCUUUGCUCUGCUGUUAUUUUCGUCUUAACUUUUGCUUAGCUGAUCUAGCUAAACAUUAGAUUAAAGCUCUAAGUUUUGUUUGCAACAUAUGGAUCAAUCAUCUCAAUGCUGUUUACUACUUGCAAGCUAUUCGUUUAAACAAGUUUUGUUA